GCAUGCAGGCAGGAAAGGGCUGGAGCAGGUCGGGAUAGGUUGCGAAAAGCGAUGCGAUGCACCCGCGAGGGCAACGAUGCGCAGCAGGAGUAGCGACAGAGACAGACAGCUCACCACACCUGGCAUGUAUUUCAUCUACCGGGCCGGCCCUCUCUUGCUGGGUCGUCCCUUUUUGCUCGCCGUCCGAAUCCUGCUUUGCAAAUCACCACCCUGCCCAUCUAAAUCGCUCUUUCCGCCUACGACCUGUUUCUGUUGUUUUGUUCUUUCAGCUUCUGUUGUACCCUCACACUGGUGCAACCCACAAUCAUACUCAGCUGCUGCAUUUAAAACCAUUUGCACCACCUCGCCACGCUGACCAACAACACCCGUCGCCCCUAGUUUUUUGACUUUUAUAUACUUGCUGUUCUCUGCCUCCUCUCUACCCAUGUCAAAUCAGCCUUGACGCACCGCGAAACAACAUGUCCACGCCUCUACCUCCGGAUCCAUAUGUCGCCCUUGGUCUGAGCAAAGAUGCUACCGCAGCGCAGGUCAAGACUACAUACCGAAAGCUCGUCCUAAGAUGCCAUCCAGACAAGGUAACAGACGAGUCGAAAAAGGCCGAGGCGUCUGACCAGUUCCACCGCAUUCAACAAGCAUACGAGAUCCUCAGCGAUGAAGGAAGACGAUCUCGUUACGACGCCCAGAUCAAGAUGGCAGAACUCCGAAAGCAGAGCAUGAGCAGUCGGCCUCAAGCCGAUGUGAGGACAGCUGCAUACGAAGUGCCCGCAUCUGGACCCGGACGCGCCACUUUUACCGCUCGAGGAUCCGAACGAGUAUACGAGGAACGUAGACCCGAGAGAGCCGACUCGGACGACUACUUUGGCGGCGCAACACGAACGACAUCACGAAAACACGACGAUUAUGAAAGAACACCUUUGAAGAAGCCAGCGGUACCGCCAAGAGACGACAGAGAACGGGCCAGAGCCAUGGACCGUGAGAAACGCGAAAGCGAACGACUUUCACGAACGGACAAGAGGAGGACGCGUGACCAAGAGACAAAACGCGAGCGAGACAGGAAGUACACGGCCUACGACGACGACAGUGACCCAGACCUCAGACACGAAGCCGAACGACGCAGAAGAGCUGCAGAGGACGCGCUAAGAGAAAAGGAAGCGCGGGAAAGAGAAAGGGCCAAGGUGGAGCGCGAGAGAGAAAGAGAACGUGAGACCCGGGAAGAUCGAGGUCGUGGACGGGAUGAGUACGAACGCGAAAGGGAACGAGGAGCACCAGUACGUCGAGGCUACGAGACUGCGACGCACUACUCGCGCAUGGAGGACGACGCCAUGGCAUAUACCGGGAGAGAUAAACGCCCGUCGCUUUCUCGCAGCGCCUCGACAGCCACAAAGACAGAGACCUAUGUCGACCGUGCAGGUCGACCGACUCCUGCCUUCGUACGUCGUCAUUCGAACAAGCCUGCACCCGCCUCGCCUCAGCCACGCCGUGAGCGCGACAGGAAGAUGAGCGUGCCCGACAUUCUCGAGACUGAUCAACGUCGUCCUGCUUCUCGCCCGCCUCCUACACUAUAUACCUCGGCCUCGUCGCCCUUGACGAACAAGCUCCCUCGUGGUGUCGAGAGAGGCCCGCCCCUCCGCAGCGCGAGCAUGAAGGUUGAGGAGCGCGACGUGCCGCCCAUGCCCAUGCCUAUUCGUCGAUCAGAAACGAUGCCCAACAUAUCCCCCAAGCGUGCUAAAGACUCAAAAGCCUCGGCUUUCAGAGAUACAGACUUCUCUGGUGGUCUGCCCACGCCCUCCGCCAGUCCGGACUACGCCCCCUCACCGACCACUUCCUACAAGUAUCACUACCCUCGCCACGAUGCCUCGUCCUCUCGCGAAGACGUUGACUAUCGUCGGCCCGCUGAUCGUGACUACGAUCGUGAACGCCGUGUUCAUCACUCUCCAGAGCCUAUGCGUCCGUCAAAGCCGGCCACAGCUCCUCGCUAUUCUGCUGCUCCACAGCCCCCUCCGAUUCGAACGAAUCCGGGUUACACUAGUACAUACACAACAGAGUCGCCGACCUCUUAUAGUCCGCGACCCUCGCCUGUCCGCCGAGACACUCUUCGUGAUUACGAGCCUGUCGCCAAAGCAAGCGUUCCAAAGGCGAACUCGGGUGCAAAGUAUGAGUAUGCCGACUACGAUAAAGAGCGUCGUCUCGAUCCCGAUGCUGGGUACUCAAGUCGCCGUGCCUCCGCCUCUGCUCCACGCCCUCGUCUGCAUCGUCAGCACACAAGCGAGUAUACCUAUCAACCACGAACCACGGUUGCAUAGUCCGAUCUGAGCCACCUGUUUUACUCAUCUUCAUUCUCCAUUUCCCGUCUUGCAUUUCUGUUUUUCGAUUUCACGGUACACCACACUCCAGGCUUCUCACUCUUCACGGCGCAUGACUGGCAUAUGACGGUUCUUCUCGUCUUCUUUCACCGCAAGCUUUACGCCGUCUGUCUUCAGAGAAUGGAGAUGCGAGCAAACACCACCCUUCUUCUCGGCAUUAUUUGUCCAUCAAUAUAGCUUUUAACGAUUUCACAUCACAAACUACACU